CCGUUACAGCCUCUGCUCUGACCUCCCCCACCCCUUCAGACUUCUGGUAUGCCUCCCGAGGAGGCCCUAGGUAGGUGGAUCCUAGGCUGACCCCAACUUUGCCUGUUUAUAGAGGGUGGGGCCAAAGUAGGGGCGGACCCAAGGUCAAGCUGUGAGACUUGUGGUCUAGCAUUUGUGUAGGAAGAAGCGUCCUGAGUUGCCAUGGAGACAAGACACUGGGGCAGAAAGACUGGCCCAGAAGAGCCGCUUGAAAGUGUAUACCCUGGACCUUUGGUGUUUACCGGCUCCUCAGAAGAGGAUGUGGCUUUGGCCAAACAGUUCUGGGUUUCGGCGACCAUGUAUCCGCAUCCUGAGUCUCGGUUAGUGUCAAACAGCACGGAACAGCGAUUGCCCGUAGCUCGAGUUACUGGGCCCACUGUGGCUGAAAGAAGUUUCAGCACUGUGGAUUAUAAAACUGAACAGCUCCUUGAAAAAAACAGAAAGGCUCAGGAAGCGGAGGAAAAACAAAGGUACCUCCAAAAGGCCAAGAAGCGGGAGGAGAUUCUUCAUCUGUUAAGAAAACAAAGAGAAGAGAGAAUAGAGAAGGAACUGGUUUCCCUUCUUCAUAAGCCAAAGGUCAAGGUACCCCAAACAAACAGGAAAGUACUCACAAAAUCAGAAAAAAAGGACCGAGAAGAAGUGAAGGCCUUGGGUCAGCUUGAUUGACGGUGAAAGAAAGUAAUUUCGCUUUUGAAAUUGUCUCCUGCCACACCAUAGCACCUCUUUGUCAGGUUCUUUUUUGCUGUUCUAGGUUAAAAUAUCAAUGAAAUAAAUUUACAGACAAAUAA